UGCACCGAGUGAUUGUAGGUUUACAAUGUGCAACAUAAUACGUCAUUUUAUUUGCAUCUCCUUCUAGCCUAAUGUUCACUUAUUAUGUAAAGGGUAGUAAUUAAAUUGGUGCUGGUACAGCCUUUGCUUCAUUGAAUAUCUGGACCUAGGAUCCAAUUCUGCAAACCAAUUCAGGGUGAUGAUAAAUUGAAGCACAUACAGCCCUUAUGAGGUGAAAUAUAUGUUAUCACAGCUCUCAACGUUUAAACAACCCAUAACCUCUCCCCACAUUAUAGUUGGGUUCACGUAAGAAAUGAGAUGAGAACAAGAACUGCAUACCAAAAUUCACAAGAAAUUACAGUUCAUCCUCAACAAUAUUCCCUGAACAGUCAUCAUCACCACCUAAACCCAAUCUUCUUACAUCCAAAAUCUUUCAAACAGAGCUCUAAUUGUUGCCCCAAAGAAAGCAUACCAACUCCUUCACAUUGGUCUUAUCAUAUAAGAAAUUGCAUCUCACAAGGGGUGCCCAAAGAGGCCCUUCUCAUAUAUAAUCGAGUUCGCCGUAACGGAAUUUAUUUAUUGGGUGUGAUCCCGUUAAUUCUAAAAGCUUGUGCUUCACUUUCCGUAGUUCAGCAUGGUAAGGCUUUGCAUACUGAAUCCAUCAAAGUGGGGGUGGAGAGUGAUGUAAUGGUGGGGACUUCAUUGGUUGACAUGUAUGCAAAAUGUGGUAGUAUUGUGGACUCUCGCCAUGUGUUUGAUUGUAUGCCUGAGAGAAAUGUUGUGACAUGGAAUGCAAUGAUAGGAGGGUAUACGAGGAAUAGUGAUGCGAAAUCAGCAUCGGUUUUGUUUGAAAAGAUGCCAACAAGAACUGGGGUGUCGUGGAUUGAAAUGAUUUCCGGGUUUGCUAGGAUUGGAGAUAUGGUGAUUGCUAGACAAUUGUUUGAUCGCGUUCCACCGGAGUUGAGGAAUGUGGUGACAUGGACAGUCUUGGUUGAUGGGUAUGCCAAGAAUGGGGAGAUGGAGGCUGCAAAGGAAGCUUUUGAGGCAAUGCCACAAAGGAAUUUCUUUGUCUGGUCAUCAAUGAUUUAUGGGUAUUGCAAGAAGGGUGACAUUCAAGCAGCCAAGGGUAUUUUCGAUAGAAUUCCAGUCCGGAAUUUGGUAAAUUGGAAUUCUCUAAUUUCUGGGUAUGCUCAAAAUGGGUUUUGUGAGGAAGCAUUGGAAGCAUUUUCCAAAAUGCAAGCUGAGGGAUUUGAGCCAGAUGAAGUUACAUUGGCAAGUGUUUUAUCUGCUUGUGCUCAUUUAGGUUUGAUGGAUGUUGGUAAAGAAAUUCACCAAUUGAUAAUUCAUAAAAGAAUCAAACCUAAUCAGUUUGUUCUAAAUGGAUUGAUUGACAUGUAUGCGAAAUGUGGGGAUUUGGGCAAUGCAAGAUCAAUCUUUGAAGGGAUGUUUCAUAGGAACGAUGCUUGUUGGAAUGCUAUGAUCUCGGGUUUUGCUAUUCAUGGCCAAUUUAGAGAGGCUCUUGUGCUCUUUGGCAGGAUGGAGAAUUCUGGUGUGAAGCCCAAUGACAUAACCUUUGUCUCCAUUCUAUCAGCUUGUGCACAUGGAGGUUUAGUGAAGGAAGGGUUAGAAAUUUUCUCUAAAAUGGAGAAAUAUGGUUUAACAGCUACCAUCAAGCACUAUGGGUGUGUAAUUGACCUUUUGGGACGAGCUGGAAAACUAGAAGAGGCUUUUUUCUAUUUGAUUAGGAGAAUGCCAGUUAAACCAAAUGACACUGUUUGGGGGGCAUUACUUGGAGCAUGCAGAAUACACUCUGACAUGGAAAUGGCUAACAGGGUGCUGGAAGAGGUUGACAAAGCAGAUCCUGGCACGGGUUGUGAUGAUUAUUCACGUUAUGUGCUGCUGUCUAAUAUUUAUGCAGCUGCGGAUAAAUGGGAGAAGGCUGAAAGGAUGAGGAAGGAUACAGUGAAUGAAGGGUUUCAAAAGACACCUGGGUAUAGUUCAAUUUUGCUCACUGAUAACAAGCACCAGGUGACUAAUCAGCUGUAACCAGACCAGUACACCUCCUGUCAAGAAUUAUGCCAAAGCUCAUAUAUCGCGAGAUUAUCCCUCAAAAAGAGGUAGCGUUUUCGCAUUCCUCUUCUGCUUUCUGAUGCAACCAGGUGUCACAAGGGUCCCGAACCCCGUAACACAAGGACACAACCAGCUGAAUCAUUAUGCACCGUGCAGAGAAUGAUUCUCAAUGUUGAAUUAUGAAAGUGGUUCCAAAAAAAUUUGAAAGAGCUGGAACCUGAUUUUUUCUAGCUGUGAGAACGAACUGGAGGGAUAGUUCCAACAAAUAGGCAAUCCUGGUUCAAUCCAUGGCAACAACACCAACAUAUAAAAGGAAAAUAUCAAUUCAAUUGUAUUGUACAUACUGUACUUCUUCUACUGACAUAAAUUGUAUUGUAGUAAUUAUGCAAUUUCAAUUCAUAGAUAUUUCUCAAUGA